AUGGCAUGGAAAUUGACACCACUCCUGCUGCUUCUGGCCUGGGUAGUCACCACGUGCAGCUCCCGGGACAGGACGGACCUGCUCAAUAUCUGUAUGGACACCAAGCACCACAAGACAAAGCCAGGUCCUGAAGACAAGAUGCGUGACCAGUGCAGUCCCUGGAGGAAAAACGCCUGCUGCUUGGUCAACACCAUCCAGGAGCUGCACAGGGACACCUCCCUCCUGUAUAACUCGGACCACUGUGGCAAGAUGGAGCCUGCCUGCAAGCACCACUUCAUCCAGGAACUGGGGCCCUGGAUCCAGCAGGUAGACCAGAGCUGGUGCAAAGAACAUUUCCUGGAUGUGCCCUUGUGCAAAGAGUACUGUCAGAGCUGGUGGGAGGACUGUUGCAUCUCCCACACCUGCAAGAGCUACUGGCAUGAGGGCUGGAACUGGACCUCAGGAAUUAACUAAUGCCCAGCGGGGAUUGUCUGCUGCACAUUUGAGUCCUACUUCCCCACACCUGCUGCCCUUUGUGAGGGCUUCUGGAGUCACUCCUAUAAGGUCAGCAACUACAGCCAAGGGAGUGGCUGCUGCAUCCAGAUGUGGUUUGACUCAGCUCAGGGCAACCCCAAUGAGGAGGUAGAGAAGUUCUAUUCUGUGGCCAUGAGUGCUGACCAUAGGACUGGGGCCUUCCUGCUCAGCCUGGCCCUACUGCUGCAAAUCUGGCUUCUUGGAUGA